UGGGUAGAGCGGGCUGGGCCCCUCCCCUUGUCGCCAGGCCGGCGGCCCGGAUCCCGGAAGCGCUUUACGGCCGCGCCCAGCGUUCCACAGCCCCCCCCACCCGCCCCCUCUUCUGAGCUCGCGCUGCCUGGAGACCAGUUCCCCCCUCCGCGAGCGGACAGGGGGGACCCGCCUCCGCCGGACCCAGGAGGAGGGGGGCGUCCCGGGCAGCCCCCGCCCCUCCCCCGUGUAGAACGAGGGGGAGCCGGGCAUGCUGCCGCCGCCGCCCCCCAGCGCACGAAAAUGCCUGAAGCAUCAGAAGAUCAUAUCCACUGGAAGACUUAUUGACUUCCAUUCUUGAGAAUCCCAGAACAACAUCAGUCUGGCAUGGCGCAGGGCAGUCAGCAACUUGAUGUGCAGUUACUCCAUGACCUCCGGCAACGUUUCCCUGAGAUUCCAGAAGGGGUGGUGUCUCAGUGCAUGCUCCAGAACAACAACAACCUUGAAGCAUGUUGUCGAGUCCUUGCGCAGGAGAGCAACAAAUACUUAUAUAGGGAGUACCAUAGCCCUGAUGACAGCAGAAUGAACAGGAAUCGCCUUUUGCACAUUAACCUGGGUAUUCAUCCCCAUACCAGCUACCAUGCAGGGGAAGGAGCUCAACUUAACGGUGGUCGUACACUGGUACAUAGCUCAAGCGAUGGACAUAUUGAGCCACAAUGCACAGCAGGUAAACAGCUGAUAUGCUUAGUUCAAGAACCACACUCUGCUCCAGCUGUUGUGGCAGCUUCUUCUAAUUACAAUCCAUUUUUCAUGAAUGACCAGAAUAGAAAUGCAGCUACUCCUCCACCGCAACCAGCUCAACAGCCAUCUUCCAUGCCACCAGGAAUGAACACAUCUGCUAUGCAAGGCCCUCAUCCUCCUACAUAUAUGCACAUACCUCGGUACAAUACAAAUCCCAUUACUGUUACAUUAUCGCAAAACCUCCCCUCUGGACAAACAGUACCCAGAGCUCUACAAAUUCUUCCACAGAUUCCAAGCAAUCUUUAUGGGACUCCUGGUUCUAUAUAUAUUAGGCAGACGUCUCAAAGUUCUUCAGGACGACAGACUCCUCAGAAUGCACAGUGGCACUCUUCUCCACAAGGCCCAGUUCCACAUUAUACUCCACGCCCGCUACCUGUUUAUCCACAUCAACAGAACUACCAACCUUCACAGUAUUCUCCUAAACAGCCCCAGAUUCCUCAGCCAGCUUAUCAAUCACCACCUGCAUCUCAGUGUCCUUCUCCUUUUGGCUCUCCUCAGCAUCAGGUACAGCCUACCCAAUUAGGUCAUCAGAGUUCACAUGUGUUUAUGCCUCCUAGUCCUUCAACUCUUCCACCCCAUCCAUAUCAACAAGCGCCCCAAAGUUAUCAAAAACAGGGUGGUCACUCAGUAUCUUAUCUCCCUUAUGGACCUAGCUUAUCCAAAGGUUCUAUGAACAAGAUAGAAAUUACAGUUGAGCCACCACAAAGACCUGGGACUGCAAUGAAUAGAAGUCCUUCACCAAUAAAUAAUCAGCCAUCUCAACGAAACCAGCACGCGCUGUAUGCAGCCACUACUCCGUCUUCAGGCUCUCCUUCAAGAGGUAUGUCAGGUCAACCAAAACCACCAUUUAAUGUUAAUCCAUUAUAUAUUACCUACACACAACCAACUGGACCUACAGGUCCACUAACACAGUCUCCCCGGGUAAUGGUAUCUCAGCCAAACUCAACAGUAUUUAAAAUCACAGUAGGUCGAGCGCAGACUGAGAAUCUUUUAAAUUUAGUGGACCAAGAGGAGCGUUCUGCAGCACCAGAACCUAUUCAGCCCAUUUCAGUAAUACCAGGAUCUGGAGGAGAAAAAGGAAUCCAUAAAUACCAGAGGAGUUCCAGUUCUGGAUCAGAUGACUACGCUUAUACUCAGGCCUUGCUAUUACAUCAGCGAGCAAGGAUGGAGAGGUUAGCAAAAGAACUGAAGCUUGAGAAAGAGGAACUUGAGCGGCUGAAAACUGAAGUUAAUAGCAUGGAGCACAAUCUUAUGCAGAGGCGACUUAGAAGAGUAAACUGUACGACCUCAAUCCCAACACCUGAGGAAAUGACCAGAUUGAGAAGCCUGAAUAGACAGCUCCAGAUAAAUGUUGACUGUACUCUGAAAGAAGUUGACCUCCUUCAAUCUAGAGGUAACUUUGAUCCGAAAGCCCUGAGCAACUUUUAUGAUAAUAUAGAGCCUGGUCCUGUUGUGCCACCAAAGCCAUGUAAAAAAGAGCAUCAAACCAGCUCCAAACAGACUCCACAGACUCAGCCAAGAGAUGAAGACUUUGAAGGGGCUCCAUGGAACUGUGAUAGCUGCACCUUUCUGAACCACCCAGCGCUAAACCGCUGCGAGCAGUGUGAAAUGCCACGUUACACCUGAAUCUGGAAAGGGUCUGCGUUAGGUUGAAAACCGCUUCCUGAGCCCACAGCCAUAGGAGAAGGAAACAUGGGGAACCUUUCAGUCCAUCUGCCAGGCCUUUGUUAGUCAACUAUUUUCAGAUUACAAGGGGGGGAGGAAAAGAUGUGAAACUGUUUCCACUUGUACUGCACUAAAGAAUAAAUUUGGGGAGUGGGGAGGGAAAUAUUCUUUUCUUAUCCCAUUGCAGUGAGCAAAGCAGAAAGGAUACCCAAAACCAGGAAAGGAUUCACUCUUUGAAGAAUGUAUACAGGAAAGCAGAUAAUUGCUGUUUAAUCCUGUGGCUGCAGUUACUGCUUAGUGGCUCUUAAUUUUUAAAUAUAGAAUUUUUAGUAAUGAUGUGAAAUAUUACAGUUAUCCCGACAAACUGAAGCCAUAGCUGACCUACCUGGUCCCAGCUAGCUGGAAAACAAAGGCUCCCUGUGCUUCUGGAUUGUAAACCACUGAAAAAGAAGACAGGAAAAUGCAACUGUAAAUUUUACAACAAAUAGAAAACAGAGAGAGGGGUAUUUGUAAUUGCUGCUUUUUUUCAGGGUGAUUUAAGUCUACACAAAAAUUUGCUGUUUUGAAAUUGUGACUUCUGGUGCGAAAAUGAGGUACUGUAUGAGCCUUAUAAAAAGUAGAAUUGGAGGUGAUUCUGCAAUCCCCUUUGCUUGUAUAGUGCUCACCAAGCAAUGUCAACACUGGUAAUUAACUAAGAACCAAUUCUACCAUAUUACUGAUGAAAAGAUUGCUGCAUGCUUUUAUUAGGCCAUUGUGUGGUAAAGCUAAAAGUAAAUUAUGCUUUUAUAAAUAACGUUCUCCUAAGACUGCUCUGUAGCAGGACAGUGAAUGUAUGACAAAUGCCAGAACUAUUCCAAAUUCUGUUUGGAAGUUUUGAGCUCAGCCAUGGCUGUGUAUGAGAAGUGUUUGCACCCUGUUACUUAGGCCUUUUCAGCUUCCAAUUUUGUGAAGAAUUCAUGAUGUUUACAGCACAGAAGGUACUUUGUGCCCCAAUCCUGAUUUAGCUGAAAAAGAAUUAAUCAAUAUUAGCUCUUCAAUAAAGGUUUAUUUGCACAUUGUUAAUAAACCAGCCUGUAUAAAUAGCAGAUGGCAGAUCUGGAAAAGUUGCACACUGCAUUUUUUUAUUUUGGUCAGGAAGUGUUUGCAAUAUAGUGAAGAAUACAAAACACUUGCAAACUAAAAAACAUACUGGUACUUUUAUGCAUAUAAUAUAUUGUAUUAUAUAAAAUGAUCAGUUUUGUUUAAACGCUUCAGUUUGCUGUAAUAAAGCAGUCAUUAUUUGUGAAAUCAGACCUUCUGGAUUUGGGCAGCUGAAUGAUUAUGAUGUGAAAUUGUGUGACUGAUUGAGGAUGGUUUUUAAGAAGCUGGUACAAUGCAUCUGAACUUUUACACUGUAACCAUUGUUUAAAAUCCAACAUUUUCACAGCAUUUGAAAGGGAGAGUUUUUGUUAUUUUGCCUGUAUUGCCUUUCUGAUGUUUUCCCUCCAUGCAGUUUAAAAAGAUAGCAGCAAAAACUGCUGUCUUGUGAUUCAGAUCAGGAACUGCCUUUUAUCUGGUAUGAUAUUGAAAUAUGUUUCUUCACUCAUUAAAUCCUAAACAUAAUCUAAAAUAAUCUAUUUAAUAAGUCUGCUUGAGAUCAAUUGAAGCAAAAUGAAGUCAAAGGCAUCGGAGUUGAGAUUUUUUUAAGUUGAUGAUGAUUUUGCACUGUAUGAUGAGCUCAUAUCUAAAAAAGAAAACAAAAAUUCCCUCUGUCCAGAUGAAGUUAAAAAUAAGAGUACAUUUUUGUAAUUCUGUUUGUAUAAAUGGACAGUGUGGCACAACUGAAGGGACAGUGUGGAAAACAGAUGAGCUGAAGCAUUUUACUUAAAACAUUUUUCUUCCUUGAGAGAUUAGCAACACCAUUACCUGUUGUAUAUUCACGUAUUCAAUACAAUACCAAUUCUGUCAUAGUUCUUCAGUGAUGAUGCCUUUUCUUUUGUAUGAUUUCAAUUUUCAGUCCUAUUUAUGGUAACUUUUUAACAGCUUUAGUUUCUGCUGGAAUAGCAAAAAUGGCAACUAAAAUGACAGUCAUCAGAUGAGAGUAACAGUAGCAUGCUUGAGAACAGUUGUGCCACUUUGUUUUAAGACAGUGUAGAUGCUGUUUUUU